GUCUGUGUCGGCAAGUGGCCUGUUUCCGUAAACAUACCGUCUGGUCCAGAGGCCUGCUAGGAGUCGGGAAACAAACACUGAGAAUGGCUUCCAAGGAGCUGCCAAAAGGGCAGGUGCGCAUUCCUUAAGAUUAAUCGCCAAGCCAACCAGAAGGAAGGAAACCGCCCCAGGAGAAGCUGUGGCCACAUUCCUGCUUUCCCCGGGCCCGCCUCCCUUCCACCCACCACGGGGUCAGACCACCCUCUUGCACUCACAGCCCAAAUCUAAAUUGACGGUAAGUGCGAUAAAAUAUGACCACCCACGUACCGCCUGCUGGGAUGUACGUAGGGUGCCUACUUGUGAACCGGUCUUUUAAAAAUAUUUAUCAGUUAAUACUCUCCCCCUGCCAAUUCCCACCCCUCCUCGCGAUGCUUUCUGGAUGAAACCGCUCAGAAGAGCCAGCAGGAGAUGGCAGUUGGCCUGAGCGUGAGAAAGCUUUGAGACCAUUCCCUGUUCUCACCAGGGCUCAUGAUUGGAAUACGCUGUCCCGUGCAGAAAGCCACGUGUGAAAAGGGGGCGUGGAGAGGUUGGACCACAAGCCACCAAGGGAUCAAAGGAUGUCCUUCUGUCCCUCUGGAUCUGUGUCCUGUCUGUCCUGCCCAACCAGGAGGGCAUGGCCCAACGGUUCCCUAGGCCCCUCGGCUGCCGCAGAGCCCCGGAGUGGUGUCUUCCAGCAACGGCGCUCACCUAGCUGCCCCCUGGCGACCCGAGGAAGCUGUGAUCGCGGUGCCUCCGACCCCCUGGUCCCCUCGGGAAUGAAGGUCCUCGGGGUGCUCGUGGUCUUCACGUCCUGCUUGGUAGCCCCCACCCACAGCAGCUUCUGGCAGUUUCAGAGGAUGGUCAAGCACAUCACAGGGCGGAGUGCCUUCUUCUCCUACUAUGGAUAUGGCUGCUACUGUGGGCUCGGGGGCAAGGGGACCCCCGUGGACAACACCGACAGGUGCUGCCUGGCCCACGACUGCUGCUAUGAGAAGCUGAAGCAUCUGGGCUGCCAGCCCUUGCUGAGCGGCUACCAGUUCCACGUGGUCAACAGCACGGUGGUCUGUGAGUGUGCCCUCUAUCCUGGUGCCGGCUGCCUCUGUGGGCUGAGGGCCUGCGAGUGCGACAAGCAGUCUGCAUACUGCUUCAAAGAGAACCUGCCCACCUAUGAGAAAAACUUCAAGCAGUUCUUCCUGAGCCGGCCCCGGUGUGGCAGGCGUAAACUCAAGUGCUAGGAUCUUCAGCAUCUGCUCUAGGAUCGCUUCCAGGAUGCCCUCUCCCAUCAUCCCAACAGGCUCCAGUCUGUGCAGCUCACCCGCCAGAGUCCAGCUGGGUGGUACUCCUUUGUCAUUCAGCACCAGAGGGCUGGAGAACAAAGACAAAAUCCUGGCAUUCAAUGGAGGGAGACAGACCAUAGUGUAUGCACAAAUCAGUGACACAUGCCCAUGGCAGUAGGCAGUGGGAGGCAAUGAAACAAGGUGACAGCAUAGAGAGAUGUCCCCAGUACCCACCCUAGGAAGUUCCCAGGGGAGAAGAGGCCCCAGGAUCUUCCCUAAGGUCUCCCUCUUCCCCCUCCCCACUCCUACCCCAGAUCAGGGUGCAGGGUGGACUUGGGGAAUGGGCCCACAGUCCAGAUCUAGCUGUGAGCAGAGCA